AUGCUCUUAAGUAUUUUUAUUGUAAUUGAUUCAAAUCAUAGAAGUCGUAUUGCAGCAACUGCUAUAGUUUGUGAUGAGACAGUGUCGACUUAUGAAUGGAUUUUAGAGCAAACUAAAUUAGCUACUAAUAGUUUUCAACCAAAAAUGAUUUUUACAGAUGCUGAUCCAGCAAUGCAAGUAGCUAUAGCAACUAAAUACUCUAAAACUAUUGUUCGACAUUGUGCAUUUCAUAUUCAGCAAAAUUUAGUUAAAAACCUUAAGAAAAAACUUUAUAAUAAGUGGGAUAAUUUUAUGGCUGAUUUUUAUGCAUUAAGAAAUUCACUAGUAGUAUCUGAUUUUGAACAUUGUUGGAUGGAAUUAAUGAAUAAUUAUUCAGAAGUUCAAAAGUAUUGUGAUAGAGUUUUGUAUCCAACUAAAGAAUGUUGGGCAUAUGCAUUUACAAAGCAAAAAUUUUCAGCAAAUACUCAUUUGACACAACAUGUUGAAAGUAUAAAUCGUGUUAUGAAGCUAGAAGUAAACUCAAAAAAUUCUUUAUGUCAACUUCAAACUGGAAUUAAAUUUUGGCUUAAAGACGAGAUCAAGUAUACAAAGUUUCAAGAGUUUAGAAAUAUGAAUCCUAUGGCUGGAAUUCCACAUAUCUCCAAUACAAUUUUUAAAGAAAUUGAUAUUAUAUAUCAAAAGUAUUUAACUCCAAAUUCAUUAGCUCUACAAAGAAAACAAAUAUUUGAAAGCCUUCUAUAUAGAUCUUUAUUAUAUAAUACGCCUCAUAUUAAUACUAGUCAGCAACUAGAUCAUAGAGUAGGAUUUAUAGAAGAUGAUUAUGAAGAGCCGCAGAUUCUAUUAAAUAUGAUUAAAUCACUCUCAACUGAAACAUUUGAAGUCUUAGAAAGAAUUCGUAAACAGGAAGUUAAUAGUCGAAUUGCUAUAGAAUCUGAUUCAAAGAGAGUUUUUUAUAGUUGUGGUCUUGGCUUUUGCAAAAAAGCCUUAAACAUAGCAAUUGCAAAUAGUUCAAACAAGGUUUUAGAAGAUAUUUUACACCAAUUUAUUAAUGAACAAACCUCAAAACAAAGUAAUAACAAUGCUGCUUCUGAAUUAUCUGAACAAGGCACAAGUCAAGAAGUUGAUAAUUUUAAAAUUUCAAAUCCAUCACAACAUAAAGGUAGAGGACAUCCUGCAAACAAGAGAUAUUUAUCUGCAGUUGAGAAUUAUGAUAACAAACAUGUUCAUUCUAAUAAUGAUAUCAAUAUAUUAGAGUCUGGAGCAAAAAAAAAAAAUAAAUGUUAA